GCUCCACGACAUAACCUGCAAUCAUAAUAAUAACAAAAGCGUCGCGACGGACUUUUGUUAUCAAAUACUGCGGAGUCACAUCGCAGCGGAACAGGAUCUUGCGCGGAUACGCAGCGACGUUGUGAUGCCGUAAACGUGAGCUCGUGGGCUAUCACGGCAGGAUGGGCGACAUACGCGCUGGCCUCGAGGACCUGAAGCUCGACGGUGUUCCGUUUGCCAACGUUAAAUACUACGUCAGCGGUGAGGCCGACCCGAAGAUUUUGAAUUUAUUGCAAGAAGGUGGAGCGGAGAGGUCUAAUUAUUUUAGCGAUUUCGUUACGCAUCUGAUUGCGGGCAAUGAAGCGUUAGAAAAUGAUAUUUCGGAGGCGAAGGAUCUAUAUCAGAUACCAGCAGUCACGCAAGACUGGAUCUUGUACUCUGUAAAAUGCAAUAAGCUUCUGCCAACGCAGUAUUUCUCUCCAGAAGAGAAUCAGUUGUUCUCGAACAUACGCGUCUGCCUGUCUCAGGUAAGUCGGACAGACAGCAAGUCCCUAUGGGCGAUGAUAACAUUGCAAGGGGGCAAGUGUCAGCUACACCUGGAUAGAUAUUGCACUCACCUGGUUGCGGGCAGAGCAAGCGGUGUGAAGUAUGAAGCUGCUGCGAGACACCGCAUAUCCAUCGUAACACCCGACUGGAUAACUGAAUGUUGCAAGAAGGGCACUCUCGUUAGCGAAGUGGAGUAUCACCCUAGGCUGUUAGUGCCGCCAAAUAGCUCGACCGCCAUGAUUACUGGAUUCAUGGACGAAGACACGGAUAAUAAUGUUGCGCAAGAGGAGCAAAACAGGACUAAGGCCGUGUUGGAGCAAUUGAAGCAGCGCAUGCCGUGGAAUCAGCCGAGUCCACCGGUGUCCUCGGGUGCUUCGCACAGCCUCGGCGCGACGAGUACCGCGACGGUUCCGUAUUCGACGAACGGGCAAAAUACCGUGAAUAUGCAGCCGCAGCAGCAUCUUCCACGAUCGGUUUCCUCGACCAACUUGAGCACUUCCACAGCUGCCCCGUCGGUCUCCGAUCAGGACGUAAUUAAUCAAGCAAAUUGGCUUCCACAGACAUCUCAGCAAAACAUUUCUCAGCAAGUGAAAACUGUAUCGUCACAAAUGCAACAGCAAGAGCUGUCCCCGCAGCAGCAGCAGCAGCAACAGCAGCAAAUGAAUAUGCAACAUCAAUUGAUACAGCAGCAGCAAUUAACGCAGCAACAGCUCGCGCAACAUCAACAACAGCUGCAGCAGCCAUCGUACAACCAACAACUUGUAAGUCAGCAGCAAUCGCCUCAGAUACAACAACUAGUGGGGCAACAGCAAUCAAUAAUGCCUCAACAACAGCAACAACCGAUAAAUACGCAAUUAUCUCAGCAUCAACUGAAUACACAGCAACAGCAAUUAUUAACGUCGCAACAAAAGCAAUUGAAUCAACAUCAAAUUAUUCAGCAACAACAAUUACAGGCUCAGCAGCCACAUUUGACGCAGCAGCAACAGCAAGUACCAUUGGCGCCUCAACAGCAGCAGCAACAAAUAGUGAUGCAGCAGCAGCAACUACCUUCUCAACAGCAACAAUUGGCAGGCCAGCAUCAAUUGGCUCAACAACAGACUCCGCCGCAGCAACUCACUCCCGAGCAAAGGCAACUGAUUUUGUUGCAACAACAGCAACAGCAGAAGAUACAACAGAUCUCGCAGCAACUGCAACAAUCUGCUCCGCAAAACUCUCAACAGUUUGUCAUAAGGGACGGUCAAUUACAACAACAGCCACCAAACCAGCAGUUAAUCGGACCGAAUCAACAAGGUUUUAUCGUUCAGCGAGACUCACAGCAGUGGCAGCAGCAGCAGCAAUACCACUUGCAGCUGCAAAGGCAACAGCAACAAACGAUCGGGCCUCAGAGGCCUGGAGGCCAAUGGAGUCCACAAACGCCUCAGCCGGCUCAACCUCCCCGACAGUUGAUUCAUUUGGACGCGCAGACACAUCAGCAACUGCAGCAAAUGGACCCGCAGCAGAGGGCACAGUUUAUCCAGAAGAUUCAAAAGCAGCGGAACCUGAUAUUGCAGAGACAAAUGCAGAAUCGCCAGGGGCAGCCAAGCUCCCACAUCGCCGUUAUAAGGAGUCCUGGUAAACCAGUCCAGCCAGGUAGUUUACAGUGGGUUCAGCAAGCUCGACCGCAGAUGAUGGGACCGCAACUCGCGCAAACUCCAGGACAGAAGCCGGUACAUCCCGGCGUACAGCCACCAGCAUUAACUCCAAUAAACUCUUCCAAUCAAGUCAUUGUGUCAGCCGGUCAGGCCGUUCAAGGCCCACAAGUACCACAAACAGGCCAAACAUUCCAACAUGGACAGUUGACGCCUCAGCAGAUAGCGCAGUUAUCCUUACAGAAGCAGCAUCAUAUGAUUAGACACUUUCAGCAACAACUGCAGCAACAGCAACAGCAACAGCAGCAGCAAGGCGUGCAGCCAGAUGCGUCCUUAACGCCCCUGCCAAAUAACGCACAAAUUCCACCGGAUCAGCAGCUUGUCGUUAACCCUAAAACAAAAACUGCGCUAGCAAAUAUGCUGACCAACAGAUUACAAGGCGGUGCUGCCGAGGGCAGCGCGGCUGGUCAGUUGAGAUUGAUGACUGCACAGCACCGACCUCCACCCCCGCCUUCACAAGACCCGCAACUCUUGGCCGCUUAUCAGAGGAGGACUCUGGGGAAUAUAACGAAUGGCGCACCACCAGGAACAUCUCUAAAGAUGCAAUAUGCUCCAGUCAUGCCACAAUCUAAGGCUCAGUUUUACGGUCACAAUCCAAAUCUGAAACUGCCGCCACAUCUAUUUCUAUUAGGAUGUUUCUUCGUCAUUGUCGAAUACGACGUGCAACGUCCCACUGAAGUUGCAGUUUGGAAACAAGUUAUUGAAAGACAUGGCGGCGAGGUGGAGUCGCAGUAUUGUGGUCGAGCGACGCAUGUGCUAGCCAUCACACAGAAACAUACAACUGUGGUGCAAGCGUUACGCGAGGGAAAACGUUGCGUCAGCGCACAUUGGCUUUCUGACGUUGUCAGUAAGCAGCAGUUACUCCCACCUUGGCAUGUUCUUCACUUUCCAACGCCGUUCAGCUUAAAUGAGCUUCCAUGUGGCAAACAAAUCAUAUCCUUUUCUGGAUUUGAGGGAGAAGAACGAGCAAAAGUCAAAUUUAUGUUAGAAGCUUUGGGUGCAAAGUACACGACUUACUUUUCCAGGCACAAUACCCUUCUUAUUUGUAGAAGGCCAGAUGGACAGAAAUACAAAAAGGCACGCGAGUGGCAAACCAGCGUUGUAAAUGCACAGUGGUUGACUGAUUUACUUUGCGGACAGAUGAAUGCUUUACAUCAAGUUGAGAGUCAAAAGUAUCAACAGUUCAGUUUGAGUAAUCCUUUCAGACUAGAUUAUUCAAUAGUGCCUCAUGUCAUGGCUGCUUGGAAGAUGCCAAUAAAUAUUACACAAGACUCGUAUGAUAAGGUAAAACAGGUUGGUCAGGGUCCAAAUUCGAUCAGACAAUACAAAAAGCCACGCCUGGAUGGCCCAUUGUUGAAUAAGGACUCGCAUCUUUUAUGUCAGGAUGAACAGAUCGUUCUUAGCAAUCCUAACCCUCCGUCAAUCGAUGAACAACCAAGAAUACUAUUUUCUGGUAUAAACCCUAAAAAUCAUGCCAAGAGAAUUCGAGAGUUGGGGGGCGCUUUAGCCUCUAGCUGGCGAGAUGCCACUCAUCUUGUAAUGUCAGCACCAUUACGAACGGUGAAAUUAUUGUGUUGUUUGUCUCGAUGUAAAUUUAUCGUCAGUCUUCAAUGGCUACUCGAAUGUUCUACAAAAAACACUUUUGUGGAUGAAAGUGCAUACAUGCUCGGUGAUCCAGAAUUUGAGAAAAACUUUAACUGCAAUAUCGAAAAAACUUUAGCGAGCCCCAAUCGAGGAACAGUACUUAAGGGUAAAACAUUUUAUGUUACACCGAGUGUGAUACCAUCUCCUUCGGCAAUUGCGGAAAUAAUAGAAAGUGCUGGAGGUGUAAUGGAGAAGACACGUAGAUCAGUCGCUCAAAUACAAGAGAUGAAUGCCGGAAAAUUAAGUUAUAUUAUCGUGACCCAUGACAAUGACCUCCAUCUACUUUCCGAUGUCUUACGUGCAAAUAUUAGUGUGUACAGUGCAGAAAUUGUAUUAGGCGCGGUUGCACGACAACAUUUUCAACCUGACACGAGUUAAGUCUAAAAUGUGGUUACAUUUUGUUAUAUUUUUAUCCCUGUUAUGGGCCUAUCCAUUCUUUAGUGAUUUAUUUUCGAAACGGAAAUUUUGCUUACUGUCUGCAAUGACAAGGGACAAUAAAGAACAUAAUUUUAUGAUAUAAACAAUUAUUUUUACACAUCUUUAUACCUAUGAUAUUUUCUUUCAAUUGCACUUUGUAUUAUCUAGAGAUAAAUAUGCAUUAAAUUUGAUACGUUUUAUCAUUGUGCGAGAAUUUAUCAUAGCUAAAAGUUUUAUAUAAAAAUGAUGUAUUAGCAUUCGAUUUGUUUCAUAGGAAUAGUUUAUAUAAUUUUAUUCAUAUAAAUUUUAUGAUUUUAAGGACAGCAAAUGAGAAAAAUAUAGAAGUUAUUGCAGGAAAACAUGUGUUUCCAAGUAAGAUAUAUGAUAAAUUUCAAAUAUUUUAUUGAAGUCGGCGAAAAUUUAAUGGACUCGAAGUGUGAGAGAUGAGAGAACUGAAAUAAUUUUAAUUUUGUGAUUGUGAUUUGAGAAAAUCCAAUGAUGCAUGAAAUUUUCAUUGUUAUAUAAUCGAAAGAUGAGAUAUCGUAUUUAUCAUUGAUGAUCGUGUAAUACUCUCAAAAAUAUAUCGUGAAACAAA